AUAUGGCGUAGCACCUGAUCAUCCAGAAGUCAAGAACGUACAGCAUAAAUUCGAUGAAGUUGCCAGUGAUCCUCGUUUCCAAUUUAUUGGUAAUGUAAGUCUUGGAAAGGACAUCUCUGUUACUGAAUUAAAGCCCCAUUAUGACGCAAUCGUCCUAUCAUACGGAGCAAGUGCGGAAAAGAAAUUGGGAAUCAAAGGCGACGACGGAUCGCUGAAGAAUGUUUUGUCUGCUGGAGACUUUGUAGGCUGGUAUAAUGGUUUGUUUCAGGACUACAAUCUGCAACUUGAUCUCACGCGAACGGACACAGCGGUUGUAAUUGGACAUGGGAAUGUUGCCUUGGAUGUGGCGCGAAUAUUGUUGAUGGACGUUUCUACAUUAAGCACAACAGAUAUAGCAGAGCAUGCCCUGGAAACGCUCAAGCAGAGUAAGAUAAAAAAUGUUGUACUGGUUGGUCGGCGUGGUCCUUUACAAAUAUCUUUCACUACAAAAGAGCUUCGGGAGAUGUUUCAGCUACCGAAUACCCGAUUUCAUACCGAUGUAGAUUUUUUAAAAGAAGAAUUCUCCAAUCAUGCUAGUUACAUAUCAACAGUUCGUUCUCUUAAAAGAUUGACUCAGAUUCUCGAAAAGGGUAUCUACAAUGUAGAGGGCGAUAAGUCUUGGACUCUCAAAUUUCUACGAAGCCCAACCGCCUUCGUUGGUGGCAAUGAUUCUCACACACGAUUUGUAAAGGCAGUAGAAUUUAGCGUGAAUAAACUCGAGGGAGACGUCCGUUCGUCCAUUGCAAUACCUACUGGAGAAAUAGAGACCAUUGAAACCGGUUUAGUAAUUAAGAGUGUUGGUUAUAGAAGUCUUCCAGUAGAGGGUAUUCCGUUUGAUAAGGACCGUGGUCUGGUUUAUAAUGAGAGAGGGAAAAUCACAGACUCGGAUGGGAAAGAGUUACCGGGAAUGUACGUCGCGGGCUGGCUGAAACGCGGAGCUACGGGCGUAAUAGCAGCAACAAUGUACGACGCGUUUGAAACUGCAGAGGUUAUUAUUUCUGAUCUCCAGUCCAAUAAGCCCAUGUUGAAUGGUGUUGCCAGUAACAUGAAACCAGGCGCGACAGCAAUACUACCAUUGCUUGCUCAGAGAGGUAUUAGGACAGUCUCCUACAAGGACUGGAAGAAGAUAGAGGCUAGAGAAAGCGAGCUUGGGCAACAAAAGGGCAAACCGCGAGAAAAAUUAGCUAAAAUUGAGGAAGUCCUAAAAAUAUUGGACGAAUGA